GAAAGAGGAAAAUAGAUACUUAUUGAAAAGUCAUAUAGUGUGGUUUGCGAAUGAUUAUUCUUUUGUGAGCCAAAGAUGCGUCGCUCCUCCACUCUUCCCCCCUCUUUCCCGCGCUGGCCCUUUGGCCGAAGACUUUGAAAUUGAAAAAUUGAAAUACAUGCGAAUCAAAGAAUAGUUCGCCUCACUUCUGAUUCAUGAUUGUGUAACGGAGCUCGAGCUUAAAAAAUUGAUUAUUUCGUUAAAGACCAAAUGAAAGACCGUUUCUAGUACAGAGAACGAUGGAUUCAUGAAUGUAAUUGAAAACCCUAUUAGCAGUCGAAAAGACGGGUCGUGGAGGCACUACGAUGUUGCCCGGCCCAGUAUCAUUUCACAGGGACUACUUUUUUUGUGUCAUGUCUAUCCGACCAGCGCGUAGUUGAGGAGAGGCCACGCGCGCACCGAGCACUUCUCCACUGGGAUCAUUAGAAGAGUACACCGACUAUCGAUACUACGCUGAGAAAAUGGGAAAGAAAUCGAAGAAGGCAAAGGAAAAGGUCGAGGAGGCCGCCAAGUACGACCACCCAGUAAUCACACCAUCGCGAAUAGACAAUCGCGAAAUCCAAGCGACAAUAAAACUGGUGCUAUUGUUUGUAGUACUAGUUUCAAUGCAUACGGCGAUAUGAACAUUCGAUUAAAGUUGUUUUAGAUCAACAUUUUAUGCUACCUCGAUAUCUCUAUCGACUAGCCCCUUUGUGCUUGGUAAAGAUAAAGAGACGCCCUCAUGGACCCUACUAACUCUACAGGCUGCCCCAGUAUGCACGCUACUUGAGUUCACAAUAAAGGUGAAACCGAGUACUAAAAUAUCAUACAUAGAAGACCUCAUAGUACAUCGGCACGGUGGUUCCAUCGACAAACUCUCAAUUUGCGUGAACCGGUUUCAUCCAGAAGGUAUCUAUACUAUUUGGUCUUCCUCGGUUCAAACGCAUCUUUCUUUUUUUUGUACUUACCCAGAAGUAGUUCGUUGUAUUCUUCCUAUCGAGCCAAUAUUUUUCUAUCUCCGUCAAUGUCAUGAUCAUGGUUCGUUGUAUAUGAGGUAGAGAAAUUUGCGUAGUUUUUAGUGUACGAACGGAUUUAUUUCCAAUUCCAAUCCUCAGAAAUCGUUUCUGCGGAUGCGAGCUUGGAGGAAUGCGGCGUGACGGGAGGCGAGUGUAUCAUCUAUUACGAUUUUGUUCCGGUUUCAGGGGCUUUGCUUCGGUAAGCUCCGGAACUACGGCCUGCUGCAAGUGAGCUUCUUCUUCGUCCAAAGUCUGCGGAUCUACUGUACGAGCGAUGCUCCUUCGUUGCUGUACGAUGCUUCUUCGUUCUUAGGAUGUUUUUUCUUGUCGUGGAUUCGCGGGGUACAGUGUGCUGUAUUCGGAUGCGGGGAUGCACGGAUGCGGAGUUCUCGGCGGCACGUCGCCGAAUCUUAAUUGACAUGGUCCUCUGACACAACAAUACUCAUCCCGUCAUUGAGAAUACAGUUAUACAUGCGCACUACUAGGACGUGCAAUACUUCCACUUCAGCAAUUUGUUCUGCAACCCAAAAAAAGACUCACUUACUUCUGCCUGAACUCGUAUUUAGUUUGCGACGCAUACGACAUCUUUCUCUGCAAACCCACCCUUUAUCAACCUCUUUCCCUUACCUGCUAGUACUUCCGGACUGUCAUACAGUGAUGGCGCCGAUUAUACCCUUAUCAUGGUGUCCGGGUCGAGCAUAAAGUGAAGAUGGACGAGAUAUGUAUAUACAGGAUGUCGGUUCCUCUGCAGUGCCUUACACUAAGAAGGUAGAGAAGAAAGUGCCUGCUUUCCUUCGUGCCUGCUCAAAAUUGACCUGAAAAGUGGAAACGCUAGAAAAGUGAAAUCGCAAAGUAGAGGUGAAUCAGCGUCCUGAGAGCAUGAAAAGUGGCACAGUAUUGUGGACACACAAG